GCGACGGCGGCAGGAUCGUGUCGCGGCGACCUUUCAGGAUCCGCUCGGCUUCGGGGCUGCUCCAGGAGGAGGAGAGCGAGGCGCGGCGCGGCGAGCCGCAGGGCCCGCGGGCCGGGCGCAUGGCUUAGGGACGCCCCCUCCCGCAGCGCCCCCAGCAUGGGGAAACUUCACUCCAAGCCGGCCGCCGUGUGCAAGCGCAGGGAGAGCCCGGAAGGUGACAGCUUCGCUGCGAGCGCCGCCUGGGCUCGGAAAGGCAUUGAGGAGUGGAUCGGGAGGCAGCGCUGCCCGGGUGGCAGCUCCGGAUCCCGACAGCUGCGGGCGGCUGGCACCGUUGGCAGAGGAACUCGGGAGCUCGUGGGCGAAGUUUUCAGAGAAACGCUCAGCGAGGAGGAAGAGGAAGACUUUCGGUUAGAAGUGGCCCUGCCUCCCGAGAAGACGGACGGGCUGGCCAGUGGAGAUGAGAAGAGGAUGGACAAGACAGGCGAAUCCUGCCCGGGCUCCAAGAAGCAGCUGAAAUUCGAAGAGCUGCAGUGUGACGUGUCUGUGGAGGAGGACAGCCGGCAGGAGUGGACUUUCACUCUGUACGACUUUGACAACAAUGGCAAGGUCACCCGUGAGGACAUCACCAGCCUGCUGCACACCAUCUACGAGGUGGUCGAUUCCUCCGUCAACCACUCCCCGACGUCGAGCAAGACGCUGCGGGUGAAGCUCACCGUGGCCCCCGAUGGGAGCCAGAGCAAGAAGAGCGUCCUUCUCAAUCACCCCGACCUGCAGAGCACCAGGCCCAGAGCAGAGACCAAGCCCGCCGAGGAGCUGCGAAGCUGGGAGAAGAAGCAGCGGGCCCUCCUCAGGUUCCAGGGUGACAGCCGUCUGGAGCAGUCCGGCUGCUACCACCAUUGCGUGGAUGAGAACAUUGAGAGGAGAAACCACUACUUAGAUCUCGCUGGGAUAGAAAACUACACGUCCCAGUUCGGGCCUGGCUCCCCGUCAGUGGCUCAGAAGUCAGAACUGCCGCCCCGCACCUCCAACCCCGCUCGAUCUCGCUCCCACGAGCCAGAAGCCAUCCACGUCCCACACCGAAAGCCCCCAGGCGUGGACCCCGGCUUCUUCCACUUUCUUGACACCCCAUUCUCCAAGGUCUCGGAGGUCCAGCAGCGGCUCCGGGGUGGUACCCAGGACGGGAGCAAGCACUUUGUGAGGUCCCCCAAGGCCCAGGGCAAGAGCGUGGGUGUGGGCCACGUGGCCAGAGGGGCAAGAAGCAAACCCCCCAUGGGACCUGCUGUCCCUGCGGUGUCCCCAUCCGCCCACCUGGCCGCCAGCCCGGCCCUCCUCCCCACUCUGGCGCCCCUCGGGCACAAGAAGCACAAGCACCGUGCCAAGGAGAGCCAUCAGGGGUGCCGGGGCCUGCAGGCGCCCCUAGCCGUGGGCGGCACCGUCGUGGGGCGGGGCCACGUCAGGGAGCUGCCCGCGGUGGUGGUGUACGAGAGCCAGGCCGGCCAGGCGGUCCAGAGACACGAGCAUCACCACCACCACGAACACCACCACCAUUACCACCACUUCUACCAGACCUAGAGCCCCGCCCCCGCCCUUGCCCCACCAUAUGAAGGACCCCCCUCCCCCUGCCCCCAAGGCAUUAUUAUUCUAUUAAUUAUUGUUAUUAUGACGAUUAUUGUUUAUUAAUAAUUAUUGUUACUCCACUAAUAUUCAGCUAGCCUCCAUGUAGAAGAUAUAUGGAAACACAGAACUAAACUUUUAUUUAUAUGUCGUGGGGACUGCAUAACUUACCCAAGAAAUGACUCUGGGUUUGGAAGUGGCCUGUAGUGGCAGAGGCUCCCUGGGGCUCCGGAGCUGCGGUGUCCACGCAGGCCAUUCCACACGCUUCCCAGCCCCGGGCAAGCCCUCGGCCAGAGCUCUGCCCCAUCCCAGUCUCUUCCAGGAGAACACCCUUCCCUGGCCCGGCUUCCAGAGACCCUUGAAAUCUCCGAGAAGAUAAACAGCUGCUACCUCUUAGUAUGAUUCUGAUUUUAUUUUGCCCUUAACUGAUUGUAAUGUGCUACAAGGGAUUCCAGCGGACUGCGCGACCUUCCCAGCUGUUGCGUUUUUAUGUCCCAACCUAGAAAGCUUAGCUGUCCUUUCUGGAGUUAUCUUUCACACCUUUCCAGUGGGAUCACGCCUCUGCCCCAAACCAGUCCCAUCUUUUCUGUCGUGCGCAACAUGAAAAUACAUUUCUCUUUUUUCUCUCCUCCUCCUCUCUUUAGAAAGAUACACACCCAUAUUUAAAGACUGCCCCUGAAACCAGCCUUCUCAUUUUGGAAACCUCCGGAGAGGGAACCAACCACACAGACAAGUGUGGUUUUCCCAGAUCGGGCAAUUGUGUGUUGUUGGUUGUGACCGAAGAUGUGGAAACCUGGUGUCCUACCAUUGGCAAAUAUAUACAUACCUACGUGGUUCUCUAACAGAGCUUUCUGUAUCUGUAGAUAGAUGCCCUCUGUCCAUUUCUAUGUAUCUUUCUAUAAAUAUACACUCUCAGGUACCUUUUCUGGUGUGCAGAAGUCCGUGCUUUGCUUCUCAAGACACAUCCAGAGAGAGCCCAGACGUGACCCUGUGUGCCUCCUGUUGGGGCGCUGUUCAUUAGAUGCCAGUGGCCACCUGCCUCUCAUCAGGGAUCCUUUCUCGAGGUUCGGGAUCUGGCUGGUUUUGGAGAGGACUGUUGGAGUACAGAAGCGUGGAGGGAAACGGGGACAGUGGCCAGAGCUGGGACCCUGGAGCAGUGUCCUCUGUAGAGCAGAAUUUUGUUUGAUUGAAACCCGGGGAGGCCAGGAAAAGGACACCUGUCAACUAGUCAGGGACCCCGGGAAAAACUGAUGACACACACACUCGGAUUGGGUAAUGGGGUGAGCUUAAUAAAGGGAAUAUUUACAUAGUGUGGGCAAAGCCUCCUGAAAGAUCGUGUGCUGGCACUGUGGUACCACUCCUGCCCCUGGAGUGGAGGGCGUGGGAGAGAGUCAUCCUCAGCAGACACAGAGGGGUGGGGACACCUGAAGGAGCCGCGACCUUCACUGGAAGGAUGCAGCCAGCCUGUGAGGACCCUACAGGGAAAUGACUUCCUGACCUCACUCUCCUGCCCGCCUGUAUCCUGCGGAGGCACUGUUGGCUGAAGCCACCAGGAGCCAGAGAGUGAGGCAGCUAUUGAUGGGGGUCACACAGGCGUUCUGCCGGGGAAGAGGAGAGUGGAGGGUGAAUCUGGAGGGACACAGGAAGAAAAAGCGGCUCCAGCUGCCUGCCUUUCUGCCACUUGGUCUCCCAGCUGGCACUCCCUUUUCCAGAGCCUCUGGUGUUGGUUUACCGUGGUUGGUAAGGAGUUUGUUUUUGAAGAUAGUGUGCUGACUUGUUGUCACUGUAUUAAUUUUAUUAGUUACUGGUGUGCCUGGGACUGGAUUAGUACGGUUAAUCCUUAUGACAACCCUGAGGCAGCCGGUGGAAGCUCAGGGAGCACAACAGGCUCAGGGAGGUUGAGUAACUCUCUUGAGACCACACAGCAGGUGGCAGAAGUGGGAUUCUAGUCUUUCCCAGGAUCCCUGAACCAGUGGAUUUGGGCUUCCCUUGUUUAGGGCUAUGGGCUUCUGUCAGUCAGGAACCUACUCAAACUGACAGGAAUGUAACCAACCCAGGGAAGGCAGGGAGGAAGCUGGCUUUGAGAGGACAGGCUGUGAAUGAAGCUGAGGCUCGCUGGUUCUCAUGGCUCCCUUUCUGGAUUUCUACUUCUCCCCCGACAUGCUUUGCCGUGGUGUGGGGACUGCUGGCCCUUUGGGCCGCACAACCAGAUGGAAAAGGAUUUCCCACUAGGGCAAGCCCAAGGAAGGAUUCUAAUUGGCUGGGCUUGGAUCUGGUACCCAUCCCUGGACCAAUCACUGUGGCUCCUCUGGAGUCACACAUCCAGCCUGUGGAGAGGGGGAGGGGCCUGUGCCAGAAGAAGGAAGAGGAGGGGUGCUGAGCAGACCAGAGCAGAUGGCGCCCCAGGAGAAUUGCUGCAGCCAUGGAGACAAGCCAGGCAUCGGGUCCACGCAGGGAGCCUCUCUGUGGCCUGGUGGGCUGAGAGCGUUUCCGAAGCCUCUGAGAGGAGGUCCCUGCCAUCUCUCCCAGCCCCACACCUGUCAGGGUUCUGUUAUUUCUUGGUACCUGGAAUUUACCUAACUUUAAAAAGUAGUAACGUGCACAUGUAGAAUAUUCAAUUAGUACACAGAGGUGUACAGGAAGAAGUACACAUCCCUCUGACUUCCCUGACCCCAGCUUCCUGGGGCCCUUUGGAUGUGGCUUGGUGGUGUGAGCACAGAUGUCGGUGCCCAGCUGCCUGGUGCAAAUCCUGACUCCUUCCCUUAGUAGCCUGUGUACUUCUCAAGCCUCAGCUUCCCCUUUAUAAGGGGGGUCAGAAGAGACCUACCCCACAGGUUGUUGUGAGAAUUCAGUGAGU